GCAGGGUCCCCUUCAGCGCCGAGGGGAUGCAGACGGGGCUGGUGAACCCCUGGGCGGAUGAGGACGCUGCUGCCCAAGGUGGUGUCUCCCUGCCAGCACCCGGACAGGGCAGGCUGGAAGGUGAUGCAAACUGUGAAGUCCACCUGGAGAGUGAUUUUGCCACUUUUCAUUCUUCCAUGCCUGAUGCUGUCUCCUGGAGAAGCUCGGUAACAGGCUCCCUUUUCAUCCAGGGCCUGAUAGAGCAGUUUCAAAACCAUGCCUGUAACAGCGACUUACAGGAGAUCUUCCAAAAGGUCCAAUAUUCCUUUGGAAAAUUCCUUUGGCAGUUGCCAUCACAAGAACAGGCUACAAUGCUCAGAAAGUUCUGCCUCUUCCCAGGCCACUCAUCUCCUGCCCAUGGUGAAAAAAUAAUACAUGGACAGCAAAAGUGUUUGAAUUUUGGGAUAAUGCAGCAGGAAGCUCAGGCUUAA